AUGCUGAAGGAGGCAGACGGACUGUCGAGCCGCGUCAAGGUCUACUUUCUGCUCAAGCGACGGAGCGAUAUUACUCGACAGGACUUUCUCGCAUACUGGCGCGGCGAGCACCGCAGGCAGGUGGGCCACCUUAAAAAGUGCAAGCUGUACAUCCUGAAGGUGGAACAGGCGAUGCUGCAGCUGGACAUGGCCGAAUUUUUCAGUUCGCAUCCGUCGCAGGUGGAGCUGGACAAGCCCAGGGUGGACGACGAAUGGGACGGGAUCCUCAUGUUUGAGCUUGCGUCCAUGGCCGAUCUCAAAGCCUUUUUCGCCGAGCACGAGUACGCCGCCUGCCUGCGUCCGGACGAGGCCAAAUUCAUCGACGUCGCCCGCUCGCGCAUCAUGGUCGGUCAGCCGCCCGAGUGGAACGACGACCACGCCGCCUCGUACGCCGCCGAAUCGCCUCCUCACUAG